AGGGUGCGGAGGCCCGCCCCUCGCGCAGGAGUAUCGCGGCAGCGCGCGAUACUACGCAUAUCUUCAGCAAGCUCAAGCAUUUUACUCCUUUCCGUUCCAUCAGAUGAUGACUGCGGUGGCCAACAUGGAAACGAUGGCUGAGCAGCCGACUCUAGAGGGCAUUCCAGAGCCAAACAUUGCUCAGGAGCCUCCAAAAGAAGUUAAGAAAGGAGGAAGGAAAAGAAAAGCCAAAGCAACUGAGCCAAAGCAACCCAAAAAGCCUGCUGCUAAAAAAGAAAAAACAGCCAAGUCAAAAGGCAAACAAGAAAAGAUCACAGAUACUUUUAAAGUCAAAAGGAAAGUGGAUCGUUUUAAUGGUGUAUCUGAAGCUGAACUUCUGACCAAGACCUUGCCUGAUAUUUUGACCUUUGAUCUGGACAUUGUAAUAAUUGGCAUAAACCCUGGCCUGAUGGCAGCUUACAAAGGACAUCAUUACCCGGGACCUGGAAACCAUUUUUGGAAGUGUCUGUUCAUGUCUGGUCUAAGUAAUGAACAACUGAACCAUAUGGAUGACCACACUUUGCCACAUAAAUAUGGGAUUGGAUUUACAAACAUGGUUGAAAGAACAACACCUGGAAGCAAAGACCUCUCCAGCAAAGAGAUUCGGGAAGGAGGGCGAAUUCUGAUGCAGAAGCUACAAAAGUAUAAACCUCGUAUAGCAGUUUUCAAUGGAAAAUGUAUUUAUGAAAUUUUUAGUAGAGAAGUUUUCGGAAUUAAAGUUAAGAACUUGGAAUUUGGACUGCAGCCACACAAAGUGCCAGAUACAGAAACUCUCUGCUACGUUAUGCCAUCAUCCAGUGCAAGAUGUGCUCAGUUUCCCCGGGCACAAGAUAAGGUUCAUUAUUACAUAAAGCUGAAAGACUUAAGGGACCAACUGAAAGGCAUCACACCAAACACAGACGUGCAGGAGGUGCAGUAUACAUUCGACUUGCAACUUGCACAAGAGGAUGCUAAAAAGAUGGCUGUCAAAGAAGAAAAGUAUGACCCAGGCUAUGAAGCAGCGUAUGGAGGAGCUUACUGUGAUCGUGCACCGUAUGACAGUGAGCAGUGCAGCUUCCCUUCCAAUGGAACGGGUAAAGUGCAGCGCUCUGGGCAUUCGGGCUGUGAACCACUGCUUGGGAACGAGGACUCAGGGCUGUCAGCUGCAUUUUGUAAACAGUGGGAUUUUUGUUUUGUUUCAGCGGGAAGCAAUCCACAGCACUGCGAGGGGUCGUCCUUCGGUGUAGUUCCUAAUGGACAAUGGAUGACACAGUCCUUUGCAGACCAGAUUCCAGAGUUCAGUGCCGGUGUGACACAGGAAGAGGAGGGAAGCAGCGUGUAGGGGCUGUUCCUUCUCAGCUAUGCAUCCAUGCUGCAGUUUUAAUGCAGUGACCAAGAUUGGUACCUCGGUUCUCCAACUGAAGCAUUUUAAUAGUAUUUUAUCUCCCCUAGUUAUUUUAUUAUAGUCCAAAGUAAGUGUGUGGUAGGCUGAAAUCGAUGAACUAGAUGAUUUUAAGAAACUGUUCAAACUUUUUUUAAAAAAGUUAGCCCUUUUUUGUAUAUGAGUUUUAUAUUUAAUGUAUGCCAUUUCUUGCAGUUUUUGACAAAUUGCUUUCUCAUUUGUGAAGAUUUCUUUUGGGCGUUAAUUUUAUUUCAUGAAUUGUAAUGUAGUAGUAACAGCAGCAGUAUACUUCUUACUGAUGCCUCAAUAUUUGGAUAUCUCACAAUCUUUUUAUAUCCGGAGGGGAAAAUGGGAAGUGUACCCUUAACUUAUGUGAAGCGAUAUUUUUAAUCAGGCACAGUUAAGGAAAUUGUGCUUUUUAAGUCUGCCUCUUACCUUCUUAAAAAGUGCAGAAAGUUGCACUCUGCAGCUGUGAGUACUGAGUAUCUUCUGGGUGGGAAGAGAGAGCUCUGUCUGCUUGGUGAGUGGACCAUAUUCAGGAUUAAGGGAGUGAAGACAUCUCUCAAGUCACAACACUGGGGAGGAAAAUUUGUGUCACACAGGACAGGGCCUAAAUAUUCUAGCUGAGCUGGCUUACGGUAAGAUAUCCCUACCACUCUAUCUCUUUCCCUCUGAAAUUACAAUGUAAGGAACUGGAAUUCCUUGAAAAAAGCCCCAAAACAAACAACAGUGGUGGUUCUUCAAUUGUGUAGCAUUCAAACACUGUCGUUACUGUGUGAUUAGUCUCUUCACAUGACCUUCAGCAGUAGACAACCCCUUUGAACAGAUUACAUGUCAGGGAAUUGAAAGGCUGCAUCCUCUGUAAAAAUCACGUACAGCUACAUUGUUUACAUCAUGUACAAUUAGCACAGGGUGAAAAGAGUUUGCAAUUUAGCAGGUUUUAACAUUCCGUUCUCUUCAAUCUGUAGAGGGUGGUCUUCUUAUUCCUCUUACAAGCAAAAAAUACUGAGUUAAAUAUAGGAGCAGCUGUUCCAUGAAUAAGAAGUUGGCUGUAGAAGCUACAGCUCUCUUCUGAGGAACUUGCCUAAAUGAUAUACAUUUUUGACCAAUAUUAGUUACUGAGAAAGAAACGAGAUUCCAUCCUGGUGCUUAACCAUCAUCUUCUUUCCCUCCUUUAUCAUGUGAGGAAGAAAUGAAGUAAAAGCAAUAAGCUGAUCAAAACACUACAGUUUUGAUGAUCUUAUAAUAGUUGGUGCUUCACAUACUUGAAAAACAGAUACAAACAGUAUCUCCACACUCCGUGCGGGCCAGAGAGUCCUGUAGGGUGUGAUUUAUCCUUUCUUCACAGCCAGCAACAGUUGUCAGUUGUGUGUAACUAGUUAGUGUAGGUUCUAAUCUUGCUGUAACAGCUCUCACUGAGAUCGCACACUGUCAACCUGUUAUGAGGCAGGCAUGAUGUUUACAGUUUUUUCCCAAAUUAUGUGGCUUAAUUCUGAGCGUCUUAAAUCAAGAAAGUGUGCAUUAUGAUUCUGAUUGUGUUUAUUAGCUUCAGCAUAAAGCUAUUCUGUAUAUUGUCAGAAAGGUAUAGGACUUGUCUGUUAUUUAAAGUGUACUGUAUCAUGUAUUGCUGUUUACAUGGGUGUUUUCCUGCAGGUGCUCAAAGUAUCUUGCAUCAGGGAUUUGUUACAAUUCAAUUAUUUUAUUUUCAACAAAAUUGGAAGCAUGGAAUUAGCACUGCUGAGUAUGUAGCACAGUAGGAUUUAACUCCUGAAAGGCUAUCCUCUUUGAGUGGAAGGGAAAGGUGUCUUCUUUAAAGGAGUCACUGGAUGCAAAAUACAGUUAAGUCUACAAUGACCGUUUCACUAAAUACUGCAAUUCUAUGUGUCCUCCCUCAGAACUGGUGCUCUUUUUGUUACAGUAAUACAGAAGUUCUUAAUCUGUCUUAAAUCUAUCCAUGUUUCACAAUAAAAUCAGGAAUUGUA